ACUUACUUACAUUUUAGUUUGUUUACAAUUAUAGAAAACUCAAGAUAUUUACAAUUCAUAGGCAGUUGGCACUUGGUAGUUUGGCAUUUCAUGUUAACGAUUUUACUGUUUUAAUAGUUACAUGAAUAAUUAAUAUUAAUGUUAUUUCGUAAGUAAUUUGAUAUUAAUUAUAAUACCGAAGGUUUCCAAAAUGUCGAAUUUUCCGCCUACUCCUACAAAUCCUAAUGUACAAAACAGAUUCGGCCAAUACCCAAAUCAAACGUAUCCGAUGCAGCAAAGGCCCGGCAUGUACCAGCAAGGAGGACCAAUACCUCAAGGUGUACCACCCAAUGCCAUGAUGGGAGCUCGUGGACCCCCCACUCAAGGAUUUAGCCCUAUGCGACACGGUGCUGGCCCAAUGGUACCAAACCAGCCAACUCCUGGCAAACGACCUGCCGAUAAUCGAAAUCCACCGCCUAUGGUCAAAGGUGAUUUUCCUCACAACAUACAAGUUCAAAAUACCAGUAUUGGAAUGAGCAAAAAAAAGAAAAAAUUGGCGGAUAAAAUAUUGCCCCAAAAAGUAAGAGAUCUUGUUCCAGAAUCACAAGCAUACAUGGAUCUUUUGGCAUUUGAAAGAAAAUUAGAUUCAACAAUCAUGAGAAAACGAUUAGACAUACAAGAAGCAUUAAAACGUCCAAUGAAACAAAAACGUAAAUUGCGUAUAUUUAUAUCAAAUACAUUUUAUCCGGCAAAAGAACCUGGAGAAAAUGAAGAAGGAAGUGUUGCUUCUUGGGAAUUAAGAGUUGAAGGACGUUUACUAGAAGAUUCUAAAAAUGAGCCAAAUAAGAUAAAAAGAAAAUUUUCUUCUUUUUUUAAAUCACUGGUCAUUGAACUUGAUAAAGAUUUAUAUGGGCCUGAUAAUCAUUUGGUUGAAUGGCAUAGAACCGCAACUACUCAGGAAACUGAUGGAUUUCAAGUAAAACGGCCUGGAGAUAAAAAUGUACGCUGUACUAUUUUAUUGCUUCUUGAUUAUCAGCCAUUACAAUUUAAAUUGGACCAACGUUUAGCUCGACUUUUGGGUGUUCAUACUCAAACCAGACCAGUUAUUAUUAGUGCUCUUUGGCAGUUUAUAAAAACUCAUAAGCUACAAGAUUCUCACGAAAAAGAAUAUAUCAAUUGUGACAAGUAUUUGGAACAAAUAUUUAAUUGUACUCGUAUGAAAUUUGCUGAAGUCCCACAGAGACUUAAUACUUUACUUCAUCCUCCUGAUCCUAUUGUAAUUAACCAUAUUAUAAGUGUUGAGGGCGUUGAACAAAAACAAACUGCAUGUUAUGAUAUUGAUGUGGAAGUAGAUGAUACUUUAAAAGCACAAAUGAAUAAUUUCUUACUAUCCACCGCUAGUCAGCAAGAAAUACAGAGCCUAGAUAACAAGAUCCAUGAAACAGUUGAAACAAUUAAUCAGUUAAAGACAAACAGAGAAUUCUUUUUAAGUUUUGCUAAAGAUCCUCAACAAUUUAUAUAUAAAUGGAUAAUCUCCCAGACAAGAGAUUUAAAGACGAUGACAGAUGUAGUUGGAAAUCCAGAAGAAGAACGAAGAGCAGAAUUUUAUUAUCAACCGUGGACUCAAGAAGCUGUUAAUCGUUACUUCUAUUCCAAAGUUCAACAGAAACGAGCAGAACUUGAACAUCAGUUGGGUAUUCGUAACUCAUAAAAUAAUUGUGUAAUAUAUUUUACUAUUUUUUAAUUUAAGAUAGUAUUUAAUGUAAUAUAAUUAUUUUAGUUGAUAUAAGUAUAUAACCAGCGU